CUGGGCCGAGUAUGGGCCUGGCCACGAUCGGUGUAGGUGCAUACUUGGCGUCCUCCUGCGCUGUGCCUCCUAAGUCUUCCUGCCUCAGUCGCACCUGAGCUGACUGAGGGCCGCCGCGCACGUCCCACUUCCAUCCCUUCCCCCUCAUAGCCCAUAGCCUCGGAGCUGGUUGGGAAAGUGAUCCCCCGUGGGGGGUGAAGCGCAGUCAAGUUGGGUGGGAGGCAGGGUGUCGGGAGGUCAAAGCGCACCUCCUGCGACAGAGAGGACCACAUGUCAGAAGAUGGCCGCCGACGUCGUCGCCGUCGUCGUCGCCGUCGCCACUUCCGCCCCUGCCGUUGUCGUCGUCGUCGUCGUCGUCGUCUGUCGUCGGAGUCCGUUGUUCGUCCGUCCGUCCUCCCUCGGUCGGUCGGUUCGCCGCCUCUGGCGUCGUCGUCGUCGCCGUACACCUCUGCCAUGCACAUUUUGCUACGCCGGGCAGCCUCCGGUGGCCUAAGAGUUGCCAGGUCGUGAACGACCAGGUCGUGAAGCCAAGCGGCACGGUCAGCUGCUCGGAGACUUUCUGUCCGAACGGCGUCUCCGCCGAGAGGAGCGAGUCAUGCAAAAACAUGUGCGAAGAGAACGCCAACCUGCUCGGGGACGGCAACACGCCGUGUCAGGAGACCUGCGACAGGGACCGCGGCAGCCCGCACUGCCAGGCCUGCCUGAAGGAAUGCCAGGCCCGCUGCGAGUGCGAGGAGUUCUGCUCUGACGGCUUGAUAAAGGACGCCGCCCUCUGCGUCGAGCAGGGCGCCGUCUGGCAAGAGGCGUUGAGCCAGAAUUUCAACGACAUCUUCAACGCGAUGCUCACGCUAUUCGAGAUCUCCACCACAGAAGGCUGGGUGGACGUGAUGUACUCGGCCGUGGACAGCAACGGGUACUUCAUGCAGCCAGCGCGCGACAACCAGGUCUUGUGGGCCUUCUUCUUCGUCCUCUACAUAUUCGUCUUUUUCAUGUUUUUCAUCAACUUGAGCGUUGGAGUCAUCGUCGACAAGUUCAUGGACCUCAAAGCUGAGGCGUCGACGACGCUGGCGGAGGACCUUCCCUCUGGAGCGGACGCGAUAAGCGUAACGUCGCAGGCCGGCUUCUCCACAGACGUCGAGAUCACGAUCGAAUGUGCGGACCAGGGCCUGUCGGAGACCAGGAAGAUUAAGACCCUGACGGGCGUCGGUCGGUUCCAGCUGUCGGCGAAACUCGACCACGCCUUCCCUAAGGGUGCCACCGUGACCAAGAAGGGCAAGGCCAUCAUGUCGACCGACGGGCAGGACAAGUGGAAGAAGAAGUGGCUGCAGGCCCGGAAGUCGCUGGACGGCCGCGGGGAGAAGAUCUACCUCCUCACGAACCUGCAGAACCUGCCAACGAAUCGGAGGAAAGUCUACGACAUGAUAACAAGCAGGUGGUUCGAGAACGCGAUCAUGGCUUUUAUCAUCCUGAACACGGCCCUCAUGUGCCUGAAGUGGUUCCCAGAGCCCACGGACAACUGGCAGAGCACCCUCGACGACAUUAACUACUUUUUCGCCGCCGUCUUCACGGUUGAGGCCGCCGUCAAGCUCUUUGCGCUGAGGCUCGACUACUUCAGGUCUCCCAGUUCACAGUGGGGCGCCGAUGUCAAGCAGCGUCGGACCUGGUCGGAGAUGCGCAUAAAACAGCUCCGGGCACCGCCCCUCCGGCGAGCGUGCGGCUGGCUGAUCCUCAGCCUCUUCCACAUCUGCGAGAACUACGCAGAGGGCGAUCCCGCGAACUUCCACGGCAUCGAGAUUGGAGAGCCCGACGCAGAAAACCACCAGGACGACAGCAGCUAUCACAUCAAUUGCUACCUGGACAGUCUCACUUUUUGCACACCUUUUUACGAGAGUUCUGAACAUCCCACAUUCCUGGACUACGACAGCAACACGAUGGCUGGCCUAACUGGUACAGCGACAUCGGUGGCCAGCAAGAUUCCAGUCCAUCAUGUCAUUCCCGAAGGCGCUGAGAUCGAGGGGGCCGCCGUAGACGGCCUCGGCAGUCUCUCGACGAGUACUGCGACGCGCGCGAUCGGGAAGCUGAUCUACCUGACCGCACUUGGCACAGUGCAGAUGGCCCACUUUCGCAUCCUCGGCAGCAUCAUCUUCAGAGUAUCCGACAAUGGCAGAGAGGAUUGCUCUGCAGCACAGACAAUCAGCUACCGCAUGACCACCAACGGCCUCGACGAUAUCAACUACGAUUUCUGA